UUUUGAAUGCUAAUGAAGUGUUUCUUUCUCCUUAGCUCAUUAGCAAUGUGCUCUGUUCUGUGGUUCACAUGGCUGAUGUCUUCGUCUAUGGCACACUGAAGAAAGGUCAGCCCAACUACUUCAGGAUGAAAAAUACUGCCAACGGUCAGGCUGAUUUUCUCGCUAAUGCUCGAACCGUAGAGCCAUACCCACUCGUGAUCGCCACCGAAUACAACAUCCCCUUCCUGCUCAACGUGCCCGGGACAGGCCAUCAUGUCUAUGGUGAGAUCUACCGCGUGGACCAGAAGAUGCUGGAGUUUCUGGACAAGUUUGAAGAAUGUCCUAAGUGGUACCAGCGCAUCAAGAUAAAGCUGGAGGUGCAGGACAGGGAUGGUGAAGGAGAAAACAUCGUGGAGACAGAUGUGUACGUCAAGACUACAAAUGAACCCGAGUGGCUCCAGAAACAAACAUUUGAGAAUUAUGAUACAAACGGUAAUCACGGACUGAAGUACAUAGACAGUGACACCAUGCCUACACCGGACACGAGCGGCACGACACAACAAAAUACUACAGAACCCAACAUCCACACUGAAUGUGGCGUGGUGCAAAACAGCAUGACAGAUCCCCAACAGUAAACUGCUGCCUCGUUCUAUUUAUGACAUACUGAUAUAAAACCAAGUUCAAAUGAUUUGCAGCGGUCGAUUUGUUGCAUCCAGUGUAGACAUGGUGUGACACAGAAAGGUACUGUAUGGGUAUUAAUAGGGUCCAAAAUGAUCAUUUUACCACACCUCCAGUGUUACAUAAAUUUACUUAUCUUGCAUUCUUUACAUUUUAUAUUUUUUACAGUAUAUAAAUAUAACUUUUAUAUGAAUUAUUAUUAUUAUUUUGUUUUUUUUUUACAUUUCCUUGUUUAAUUUCAUGUAUGU